UAGGAGGGCAGCCCUCUCGGGCACUGACAGGGCUGCCUCUUGCCCUGCCAAAGAUUACCAGUUAGACCCACAGACUGAUUUUCACUUGCUGGGUUUUUUUUGCGCCCUAAAGAAAACUUCGUUUCGCACAAGCUCAGAUUUUUGCCCGUAAACUUGGGAUCACAGAACUGGUUCCAGCCUAAUCCCACUAUUUUAAGAGUAAUCUUCAUAAAGUGUACCAGGCCAUAGAGGAAGCGGACUUCCUUGCCAUCGAUGGGGAGUUUUCAGGAAUCAGUGAUGGACCUUCAGUCACCGCAUUAACAAAUGGUUUUGAUACUCCGGAAGAAAGGUAUCAGAAGCUUAAAAAGCAUUCCAUGGACUUUUUGCUGUUUCAGUUUGGCCUUUGCACUUUUAAGUAUGACUACAUAAAUUCAAAGUAUAUAAUAAAGUCAUUUAACUUCUAUGUGUUCCCGAAACCUUUCAAUAGAUCCUCCCCAGAUGUCAAAUUUGUUUGUCAGAGCUCAAGUAUUGACUUUCUGGCAAGCCAAGGAUUUGAUUUUAAUAAGGUUUUUCGCAAUGGAAUUCCAUAUUUAAAUCAGGAAGAAGAAAGACAGUUAAGAGAGCAGUAUGAUGAAAAACGUUUACAGUCCAACGGUGCAGGAGCUCUAUCAUAUGUGUCUCCUAACACAUCAAAAUGUCCUGUGACGAUUCCUGAGGAUCAGAAAAAAUUUAUUGACCAAGUGGUAGAGAAAAUAGAAGAUUUAUUACAAAGUGAAGAAAAUAAGAACUUGGAUUUAGAGCCAUGUACAGGGUUCCAAAGAAAACUAAUUUAUCAGACUUUGAGCUGGAAGUAUCCCAAAGGCAUUCACGUUGAGACUUUAGAAACUGAAAAGAAAGAGCGAUACAUAGUUGUCAGUAAAGUAGAUGAAGAAGAACGCAAAAGAAGAGAGCAGCAGAAACAUGCUAAAGAACAGGAAGAACUGAAUGAUGCUGUGGGAUUUUCUAGAGUCAUUCAUGCCAUUGCUAAUUCGGGAAAGCUUGUUAUUGGACACAAUAUGCUCUUGGAUGUUAUGCACACAGUUCAUCAGUUCUGCUGCCCUCUCCCUGAGGACUUAAAUGAAUUUAAGGAGAUGACAACAUGUGUUUUUCCAAGACUCUUGGAUACUAAAUUGAUGGCCAGCACACAACCUUUUAAGGAUAUCAUUAACAACACAUCCCUUGCAGAGUUGGAAAAGCGAUUAAAAGAGACACCUUUCAACCCUCCUAAAGUUGAAAGUGCAGAAGGUUUCCCAAGUUAUGACACAGCUUCUGAGCAGCUCCACGAGGCAGGCUAUGAUGCUUAUAUCACAGGAUUGUGUUUCAUCUCCAUGACAAACUACCUAGGUUCAUUUCUUAGUCCUCCAAAAAUUCAUGUGUCUGCCAGAUCAAAACUCAUUGAACCUUUUAUUAACAAGUUAUUUCUUAUGAGAGUCAUGGAUAUUCCCUAUCUAAACUUGGAAGGACCAGACUUGCAGCCUAAACGCGAUCAUGUUCUCCAUGUGACAUUCCCCAAAGAGUGGAAAACCAGUGACCUUUACCAGCUUUUCAGUGCCUUUGGUAACAUUCAGAUAUCUUGGAUUGAUGAUACAUCAGCAUUCGUUUCUCUUAGCCAGCCUGAGCAAGUACAAAUUGCUGUCAAUACCAGCAAAUAUGCAGAAAGCUAUCGGAUUCAGACGUAUGCUGAAUAUGUGGGAAAAAAACAUGAGGAGAAGCAGAUCAAGAGAAAGUGGCCAGAAGAUAGUUGGAAGGAGGUUGAGAGAAAACGGUUAAACAAUCAGUGCAUAUCCUGUGCUCUGCAGAAUCACUAUUACCGCACCAAUAGUCUUACAGCCACCAGCACGGUGAGAAAGAGAAGUCUGAGUCCCAAUCAAGCAGACACGGGCUCAGAGGCCAGAGUAUCAGAAGAGAUAUCUGACCCUGAACUUGAGCAGACAGAUACCUGUGCAGAAUCUCCCUCGGAGAGAAGGAAAAAGACUAAGAAAUUUAAAAGAAUGAAGAAGGACCAUUCUCCAGCAGGAAGCAUCUCGGACAGCUCUGCCAAGCUCUUCGAAGUUCCUGACACGUGGUAACCGAGACCUGAAUGAAACACGUCGUGGGUGCUGUUGCUGAGAAAGACCCCAGCCGGCACGUUUGGAAGCCAUACUGUAUUUAAUGUGUUUUAUGGGAGGGGUUUGAAAACAAGCGUGUCUCCUGAAAAAAACUUAGCUUUUAUUUUUGCAGCUGUGGUUUUCUUCUUUCCUUUUUAAUGUAAACUGUCUGCUGACACUCAGCAUAAUUAUAAAAGCUGUUGUGAAGGUGUACAUGAUUAACCAGUUAUUUUUUGCUCAUGUGAACCCUUCCUGUCAUGAAUUAGUGUGUUUAGGAAUCCACCUGAUUUUGGGGCGGGGGUGGGUGGUUUGGCUGUGAAAUAUGCAAAAAGAGCUGACAUUCUUGGAUGCUGUGAUCAUGAGUUCAAGGCUUGAACGCCUUCCUGCUUCAAGAGGUUUCAUCUCCUCAUGCUCAGAUUCUGGGGCAGCCGCAGCACGUGGUUACCAUCUCCUAGUGGAGAAAUCGGUUAUGUCUCUCUGCUUCCCACCUUAGCUGCCUGAAAAUAUGAAGCUUUUAAGCUUAUUUUUCCAGUAGGAAAAUCUCUACCGAUAAAGGAGCUUACCAUAUGCCUUGGCCUUGGGGAAUAUUUAUUUAGAGUUAUUUUUCCUAAGAUGUGAGUUUCUUGCUCCAGGACAAGUAAAAACGUUAAUUUCUGUUUUUACAUGUACACUGUGGUCACCUGUCAGUGUGUUAGUGUGUGGUCUCUGUGUGGCUGUCUGGGAGCAAGGUGGCCUGUGUACGUGUGUGCGUGCAUGUGUGAAGUCAUGAUCUAAAGCUACAUGUGCCAGCCCUUUGUUUAAGCAUAUCACAACAGCGACAGAAUUUCGUGGAUCUACUUCAGUAGAGUUGUGUCAUAUACAUCAUUGUUAGAGAUACUACAUUUUUGUAUCAUGGAAAUAAAAAUGUAAAAUGUAUUUCCAGAAGGUGAAAAUUAAAGACAUUUUCAUAGAA